AUGUCCACCAACAGGCCAUUCCUCUCCAACUUCUUGGCCGCGUUCCGCGCCCAGUCUACCUUCAAAGCCUCUCAUCAACAACCAACAGGCACAUCCUCUCUCUCCCCUUCCUCUCUCACUCAGAGCGCCCGCGCCAUAGCCACAAAAGCUGCAGGUUCCAGCUCCAGUCCAUCCUCAAAUCCCACCUCAUCAGGAAACCCAUCCACAUCCACAUCCCAUUCGCAUUCGCAUUCGGGUGGAAAUACCAUCCCACAGGGACCUGCAUCUGCAUCUACGUCUUCACCACCCACAGCAUCUCAGCCUCAGCACCACUCCCACCAUUAUCACCAUACCUCUCCCUCCUCUUACUCCGCAGAGACAUCUCCACCCCCGACACCAUCUUCAUCGACACCGAUCCCAAUCAAUCGUGGAGCGGGAGAUCGCCAGCGUCGUGGGAGUGAUAGUUCCAGUGGUUCUGGUGGCUUCCGCGAUGCGUUGGGACCGGAGAAGUGGUAUAUCGGGGGAAAAACGCCUGCGGGUGAGGAACGAUUUUAUCGGUUGGGAAUGGUGACAAAAGGUGGGGGGAGACUUGGGGGUGGGGGGCGAGUGGGGAGUAUUGAUCAGUUAAGUCUGUGA